UCACCAUUUCAUAUAUAUAUGCACAUAAUUCCUUUGUGAAUAACAAACAACCUUUAUUCCUCAGCCCUUAAGUAGAGUAGCUAUAGCUCCUGAGACCUUCCCGCUUUCAUUCUCCUCCAUUGAAACAAAACCAAAGUUCAAACCCUCUCCCUCAGUUUAUUAAACUACAAUUUCCUAUUUCCAAAAUCCACUACACACUUCUGAUGUAUUCAUAAGGUCAAAAGAAAACCAUCCAUCACCUCAUCAUCUAAAUUCUUCAAGAGGAGAGAGUUAAUUGGUAACUAAAGAGUUGAGUUUCUUCUAUGGCAUACUUAGUAGCUCCUAAACCUUAGUUGGCUUCAAAAUCUUGCACAAUCUUACCCUCCAAACUUUCCUUUUAUUUAUAUAUUUUUUUUUUUUCUGGGUGGUGUUCAUCAUGGACUACUUGAAGGAACUAGAAGGCAAAAGUGUCCAUGAUUAUUAUCAUCAGAUAAAGAUGAAUAAAAUGGCAAGCCCUAUAUUUGUCCCGGGACCAGUUAUAGUGGGAGCUGGUCCCUCAGGGCUAGCUGCAGCAGCUUGCCUUAAACAGAAAGGCAUUCCAAGCCUCAUCCUUGAAAGAGCUGAAUGCUUAGCUUCAAUGUGGCAGUUCAAGACUUACGAUCGCCUUAGGCUUCAUCUUCCAAAGCAAUUCUGCCAACUCCCUCUCAUGCCAUUCCCCAAAGCCUUGCCCUUAUAUCCAACCAAACAACAAUUCUUGGCCUACCUGAAUGCUUAUGCUGAUCACUUUGGCAUAAAACCUGUCUUCUGUCAAACAGUGGUCAGUGCUGAGUUUGAUCAUGUGUGUGAGCUUUGGAGGGUGAAGACUCAAGGGCUCAAAAAGGAGGACACAGCAGAAUAUGUUUGUCAGUGGCUUGUAGUAGCUAGUGGAGAGAAUGCUGAGGAAGUGGUGCCUCAGAUUGAAGGGAUGGAAGAGUUUGAAGGGCCUAUUGUACACACUAGCUUGUAUAAGAGUGGAAGCAUGUUUUGUGGGAAGAACGUUUUGGUGGUGGGCUGUGGGAAUUCAGGCAUGGAGGUUUGUUUGGAUCUCUCCAACCAUAAUGCUCUUCCAUCCCUAGUGGUUAGAGACACGGUGCAUAUCUUGCCACAACAGAUGCUUGGGAAAUCAACUUUUGGUUUAUCCAUGUUCUUGCUCAAGUGGUUCCCCAUACGUUUUGUGGAUCAAUUUUUGCUUCUAAUGUCACAUCUCAUGCUUGGAGACACUGCUCAAUUUGGACUUCACCGUCCCAAACUUGGGCCUCUAGAGCUCAAGAACUUGUACGGAAAGACACCAGUUUUGGAUGUUGGGACACUAACUCAGAUCAAAAAUGGAAAAAUUAAGGUUUGCCGGGGAAUUAAACGACUUGCACGCAAUACAGUGGAGUUUGUUGAUGGAAAAGUAGAGAACUUUGAUGCCAUCAUUCUAGCGACUGGUUACAAAAGCAAUGUACCCUCUUGGUUAAAGGGCAGUGAGAUGUUUAGUGAGAAAGAUGGGUUGCCCCGGAAGCCAUUCCCAAAUGGGUGGAAAGGUGAAAAUGGACUGUAUGCAGUGGGUUUCACAAAACGUGGCCUGCUUGGUGCUUCUAUUGAUGCUAAGAGGAUUGCUGAAGAUAUUCAACAUAGCUGGAAAGCUGAAUCCACGCAUGUAUUCCAGUUCCCUUGUCCACUUGCAUGAUGUGGGAAACAUAUUUAUAUAUUUGCAAAUUAAUGUUUUAGGAUUAAUUAGAAAAAGAAAAAAAAAAGGGUGGCCUAGCCUAUUGGUGGUGCCCUUUAUUUGACACAAUGCUGUCUACCAAACAAUUUCUCUCCCAUUUGAAAAGGGGAAAAGGAGCUUCAAAAAGGAAGAAAAAAAAAAUUAAGAUGAGAGGG